AUGGAUGUUUGCCAAGAUGACGAGAAUGGCAUUGUUGAGGAUAUAGACGAAUUCCUUCCAGGGAGUCCGCUGGCCAAUCGAGAGCCGGUGCUGCGCAAGGGGCGGCUGCCGCCGAAGAAAGUGGUCAAACAGUCAGCAGUACCACCCGAAUUGCACAUCGAAACUCAACAACGUUGCGGCGACGACGCGGGGAAGGAUUUUUUACUCAGUGACGAUAACGNGCAGUACCACCCGAAUUGCACAUCGAAACUCAACAACGUUGCGGCGACGACGCGGGGAAGGAUUUUUUACUCAGUGACGAUAACGAAGAUGGUUUUAUAA